UCAACAAUUAGCACAUUAAUUGCAAAACCGUGCCGUUCAAAGGAAGCUCAUGUUUGUCUGGCAGCUUUGCAAUUAUUCUCAAAGCCACAAACCUUGUAGUUGCAAUGAUGGAGGACAGAAUCUUGAAGCAUUGUAUCAGGGAACCUCUUGCUGCUGUUGGCGACAGCGAUGGAAGGAAACGAAUGAAACUUGCACAGAUAUUAAUUCUCACGUGGAAAAGUAUUACCUAACAACAAUGUACUCCAUUGUGUUCAUAGUGGGACUCAUUGGCAAUGUCACUGUGAUAAGUGGUUAUAUCUUCUGCCUAAAGAAAUGGAAGUGCAGUAACAUCUACCUCUUCUCCCUCUCUGUCACAGAUCUCUUUUUUAUUUGCACUCUUCCUAUGUUUGUGAUCCAAUAUGCAAAUGACAGUGAAUGGCACUACGGUGACCUGUGGUGUAAGUUUAAUCGGUACUUCCUCAACUGUAACCUCUACUUGAGUGUCCUCUACUUGACGUGUAUCAGUAUUGAUCGAUAUUUGCUGGUGAAAAGCCCAACAAAUCUCUAUCGGUUCCAGGAAAAGCAGACAGCUGCCAUUAUCUGCUUACUCUUGUGGAUCUUUGUCACCGUGGAGCUGGUGCCUAUGUUCACCUUCAUUGGUCCCAAGAACAUCACGGACAAUGAUGAUAAUGCUGUGGUGUGUGUUGACUAUGCCAGCUCAGGGAAAGCGAGAGACAGCCUGGUUUACAGUUUGUUCCUCACCAUUGUUGAUUUCAUCCUCCCACUCUGCAUUAUGGGGUAUUGCUCCAUCAAAACAGCCACGUGCUUAAGGGAAAUAAAUGCACAGCGACGCAGGACAAUUAAGCUGAAAAAGCCUCAUCGCCUCGUAAUAUUGGCAGUGGUUAUUUUCUCGGUGCUGUUCACUCCUUAUCAUAUCAUGCGCAAUAUCCGUAUUGCCUCCAGAAUGGGGAAGAAGACUUGCACUUACAAGGGGAUAAAAGCUGGCUAUGCAAUCACAAGGCCUAUUGCUUACCUCAGCUCUGCCAUUAACCCCAUUUUCUAUUUCAUGCUGGGUGACCGCUUUAGAGAGACCCUCCUUAGCAAGUUGCCAUUCUUUGGCCAAAAGCUGAUGUCAGAGACUUCAAGCAAGGAAAAAUAUUGAUUUAAGAGCAUGACACCAUCUAGUUAAGAGCCAUUUUAUUCUCAGCCUUCUAUUCUUCUGCAGCACUGUUGAAUCAUAGCUGGAGUAUUUUCAAUGUCAGCAGUUUGAGUCACAUGUAUUCUUUAGCCCGAGUUGAAUUUUCUUGAAAUUUUCAGUAGCAUUGAAGAGAGGUGUUUGGAAGCUUAAAACUCAUGUUGCAAUAUUUCCAUAUUUAAGGUUGGUAGUGCCAGCUUUAGAGUUCCAGAAUUAGCCACUGGUUAGCCGUUAUUCCUGGGUUACUGUCUCUGCAUUGCAUACACCAAGGCAAAGUCCCAGACGAUGGGGCCUGGAGCCAUUAGUGAGAGUUAGGAAGUCAUCGAGAUAUCAUUGAGGAGGUGAUAGUCUUGUGGUGUUGUGGUCAGAGUGUUAAUUCAGAGACACAGGUAAUGUUAUGGGAACCUGAAUUCAAAUUGUGCCAUGGCAGAUAGUGGAAUUUAAAUUCAAUGAAGAAUCUGGAAUUAAGAAUCGAACAAUGACCAUGAUGUCAUAGUUGAUUGCCAGGACAAUCCUAUCUGUUUCAGAGAUGUAAUUUAGGGAAGCAAAUCUCCCUAUUUGGCCUGCCUUACACGUAACUCCACACCUACACAAUUAGCUCUUAACUGCCAUCCUGAAAUGGACUAGCAAGCCAUUCCGUUCUCAGCUCACCGCCACCUUCUCAAGGAUAACCUAGGGAGAGGCAAUAAAUACCAGCCCAGCCAGUGAGUCACAAAUCUUGAAAAAAAAGACACAAAUGCUAAAAACAUCCUUGGAGAUGGGAUUAUUUGUAGGUCCGGAUGAAAUUACAUAAUACAGAUGAAUAAAACCCUGGAGGCAUCUGAAAACAAGGAUGAGAAUUUUGAAUCAGGGCAUUGGCAGAUUGCAGGUUAACACAGCAAUUUUAGAAUUAAGGAGUGAAUGGGACCUAGUAUGAGCAUGGACAAUCAUGUUUCAUUGAGCUCUGGUUUACAGUUUCCAUUAUUUAAUAGCUAAGAGAUAUUGCAACAUGGGAAUGAAUACUCACACAGAAGCAAAAUACUGUAGAUGCUGCAAAUAUGACAUGAAGACAGAAAUUGCUACAGAAAUUCAGAGGGACUAGCAGCAUCUGUGGAGAGAGAAACUGAAAGAAUAUUAUUAAGCAAGACAGGGUUAAGAAGAGAUCCACCAGGUUAUUGCUGGGUAUGGAAGGUUUGAGUUAUAAAGAAAAGUUGGAUAGGCUGGGACGUUUUCACUGGAGCAUAGGAGGUUAAAAGGUGAUCUUAUGGAAGUUUAUAAAAUCAUGAGGGGUAUAGAUAGGGUUAAUGGUAAGUGUCUUUUCCCUAAGGUGGGAUAUUUCAUGACUAGGGGACAUUUUUUAAGGCGCAAGGAAAGAGAUUUAAAAAAGACAUGAGGGAUAAUUUUUUAUGCAGAGGGUGGUUCAUAUAUGAAAAGAGUGGAUGCAGGCACAAUUACAACACUUAAAAGACACUUAGAUAAGCAUAUGAAUUGGAAAGAUUUGGAGGGAAGUGGUCUAGGAGCAGGUAGGUGGGACUAGUUAAGUUUGAGAUUAUGUUCAGAAUGGAACCAGCCCAGUUCUUCCCCUCUCUCCACUGCAUCUCAAAACCAGCCCAGCCUGUCUCUGCUUCCCUCACCUGUUCUUCCUCUCACCCAUCCCUUCCUCCCACCUCAAGCCACACCUCCAUUUCCUACCUACCACCUCAUCCCGCCUCCUUGACCUGUCCAUCUUCCCUGGACUGACUUAUCCUCUCCCUACCUCCUCACCUAUAGUGUCCUCUCUACCUAUCUUGUUUUCUCUCCAUCUUCGGUCCGCCUCCCCCUCUCUCCCUAUUUAUUCCAGUUCCGUCUCCCCAUCUCCCUCUCUGAUGAAGGGUCUAGGCCCGAAACAUCAGCUUUUGUGCUCCUGAGAUGCUGGUUGGCCUGCUGUGUUCAUCAGCUUCACACUUUGUUAUCUUGGAUUCUCCAGCGUCUGCAGUUCCCAUUAUCACUGGUUUGACUGUAGCAUCUGUUUCUGUGCCAAAUGACUCUAUGACUCCAUAGCCAGUUAAGAACAGAGUCAUAUCAGACUCAGAAUAGAACUCUCCGCAGCAUUUGCAAGAUCUGUUGAGUCUUUCCAGCAUUUUCUGUUUUAUUUCGAAGCAAACACUGUUCACUCAUUGUAUUUUCCUAUCUUCGCCUCAGCCUCUUCAACGUGCCUCUCCGAUAGCGUGGAACUCUGAGGGAAACACUUAAUGUUUAGAAUUUCUCACAAUGAAAUUGCCACUUAACCAAAUUGAAAUACCCUGACUAAGAAUGGAGGAACAAACAUUUAAAUCUCUCAACUUCACUCAUUCCCUAUCUCGGCUCAGAUUCCGUUCAGCAUUUCUCAAUGAAACAAAGGUAUGUCACACACUUUUGUUAUACAUAUACAAUGGUGAAGUCAAGUCCUACCCUGAAAAACCAGUACUCAAGUCAAAUAGUUUGGAAGGCAAUAUAAGAAGGAUCAGGAAAAUAGCCAUUGCAUGAUGACAGGCCUGAAAUAGAAAUAGCUGGAAAAGCUCAGCAGGUCUGGCAGCAUCUAUUCUGAGGAAGGAUCACUAGACCCAAAACACUGACUGAUUUCUCUCCACAGAUGCUGCCUGAUCUGUUGAUAUUUUCUAGCAAUUUCUGUUUUGUUUCUGAUUUCCAGCAUCCAUUGUUCUUUCAGCUCUGGAGGAGAGCAAGAUGUUUGUGAAAAAUGAGAAAAUUUGAGGACUUGGGAAAGAAUGAAUUAAUAGGAUACAAUGCAAUGGAGAUUGAUUUGGAAGGUAAAGAAGGGGAAGAGAGAAAGAUCAUACAGAAUCGUUCAAAGAAAGCUUAUAUUAAUCAAGUUGGCGAGAUAAAAUCAGCAAUAUUUUGUCAUUAUUUCAUUAUUAUAUUUCAACAUAAAUGACUUGCUUAUUUAAAGCUGGCACACAUUGUCUAGCCCUUAGUUGUAACCAUUUACAUUAACUUCGGCAAGAAAUCAACUUGUUUACGUUGAUUAAUGUCUACGGUUUACUCAUUUUCUCAUGUAAUAGGGACAAGUCACAUGUAUUUCCUGCAGAUUUAUGUUUCAAUAAGACUAUCACUGCAUUAUUAUUAGCAAGUCAGCAGCACAACAUAACAUUUGUAGAACCUUUAUUGCUUGUGUUUAUGUUUUCCUGGAGAUAAUUUGAUCAAAAUAAUCAACCUAACUGCUUUAUCACUUCUGUAAAGAUAUGCCUUUAAUGUGAACACCAACAUAUCACGAUAAUGAGCCUGGGUUAAA